AUCAUCAUUCUUUUUCAAAAGAAGUAUUCUUGGUAAUUUGAUUAUUUUCUUGGUUGCUAAAGUUGAACUUUUGGAACUUAUCGGACUUAAAGUACUGAAGUACUGUGUUAGCGUCGUAUUGAUGAUUCGUAUGGGGAGAAUUUCUUGUUUUUCGUGAUACUAUGAAUACGUAUCCAAUCAUUGGCAUUCUUGAACGUUUGACAUCAAACAAUGAUCUCAUAAAUACUUUAAAGCUUGCCCUAAAAAAUUUUGAAGAUGAUGACUUAAAGGAAAUUGUAAUUUGGCAUUUCCGAUGGCAGCUGAAACACCAUCUCCCUAAGUCACGGUUGUUAGAUUUACGAGAGUCGGGCAAACCCCAACUUGAGUUACUUGACUACUUUAUUGGUCCAAUUUUUGUUUGUCAUCGAUGUUUUGUAUUUUGUGGUAUCUUGUUGAACGAGGUAAAGGCAUUAUUGUCUGAUGAUGACAAACUCACUGAUGAAAAGACAGGACAAUUGUAUAAACUAAAAAAAGACCUCACCGAUUUAACCAUGCUUCUUGAUAAAAGAUAUCUUUACGACUACAAUUUUGGUGGCUUGAAGAAAGAAAUUAGAGAUGUGGCAAAUGACGUGGAUCUUGUGGAAGUUGUGAAAAAUAUAAAAAGUAUCAUUUCCAAUCUAAACCAUCCAGAGAUAAACAAUCUCUUUGACUUGGAACUCACCCCAGAAGAUAUUCUGUGCUCAGUGCUUGGUUUGAAAGAUGAGUUUGCUUGCAGGCUUCUCGAAAUAAGUCCUCACAUGAGAGAACAUAGGAGUGAAAAGGAAAAUUUGCUAAGGUUCUUGAAGGAGUUUAAAGAAGAAGACAGCAUAGAAAAUCUCAGAGAUAGUGAAGAUGUUGCUGAAAUCUUAUGCAAGAUUGGUUUUACAAAGCAUCGAUCUCAAUUUAUUGCUAAAUGGAUAACCAACAUGCCAGAUCCGGAUCACAAACCAAUUUUAUCCUGGGUGGAAACUUACAUUGAAAAUCAUUUUAAGUAUGAUAUCUUGUUAAAUGAUCAAGUUUCGGAUUUUCCUUUCAAAAAUGAUAACCAAAAUGAAUGGUUUACUGUGAGUAUCCCACGUUUUGACAAAGAGGGAAAAGAUAGUCAUCAAGUAAAUGUUAUCAAUGUUGCACGUCAAAAAGAUGCUCUUAACCAUGUCAUAUCAAUAGUUUCUAAACUAAAUGAAAAUAAUCCUGUGACAGAAGUAUAUUUCCAUUGUACUGAUCACAAUAGUGCUGUUGAUAUUCUGGAAAUCGGAAUUGAGCUUGGUUUUGGUCGAGACAAAUUAGACUUCUCUGAUGGAGAAGGUUUCUACAUGGUAAAUAACGCAAAGUUCUCUUUGGCACAUUAUGGAAUGACCAGUACACAUCCAGCCAUUAUCAUGUUUGAUGUGAGUCCUCAAAAACUGAGCAAGUUUAAAGGAAUUGAUUUAUCCAGUGCUGAAAAAGAAGAAGAUUGGAAUUCGAUUGUUGAGUAUUUUCACUCUGGUAGCCAUGGUAUUGGUAAUUUACCAAAGAAUUUGUACUCACAGUUGAGACAAUGUGAUUACAUCAGAGGUCCUGUUUCCAUUAAUGAUUUUAUUCAAAAUAACACAUUAUCUCAAGGUAUUGAACAAAUUUGCAUAAAGAAACAAGAAUUGGCCAACCAAAUUGGGCAUCCAUCAUCAAUCUUAGGAGUGAUUUUUCUUAAAGCUCCCAAAAUUCAAUACUUUUGAAUAAUUAUGGGUGCAAAUUAGUGGGCAGAGCAUGAAAUUGAUGACCAUAGUUAGCACUGUGACAAUAUUUUAUUUUCGUCUAUAGGCUACCACUUGCUAUAAAAUUUAACUGUGAACGAAAGAAAAUUUUAUUGCAUACCAAUAGCUAGAACCAACAGUAAGUAGAACAUUGUAGACAAUGAUUUUCUUUUUACUAUUUAUACCUGAACAUCCUGAUAUACUCAAGUUUAUGAACAAGUUAUGAUAAAAUAUUAAGUGGGAGGGUGAAUAUUCAUAUAUUCAGCUGCUUUACUGAUUUGAUUUGUUAGUGAUUAUAAUUUCAAAAGCAGAAUAUAUGAAUAUUCACACACACCAACUUAACGUUCUAGUUUCGCCCUUUACUGGGUGAAAGUUUUUAAUUUUAGCAAACCACCCACAUUGAUUAUGUAUUUUUCCAUUGCCGAGAGCACAUAGAUUGGUUAAAAAAAUGCAAAAUGUUUUGUUUUUUAUUCUUGUAGUAUUCAUUUUGCACGGCUAACACGCACCCCAAAAGCAGGUGGUCAAUAGGAAGUUUUAUUUUUUGAAUAACAGUAUGAAUUACGAUU